CCACAUUGACAAGUGCCAAAGCCCCUCAUAAACCCUCUAUUCUAUGGUUCCUUUCCUCUAAUCCAUCAAUGGCUACACUGAGAUACCUCAUCUCCAGAGCCGCUUCAAAGAACCUCCCUCCCUCCCUGCAUUUCCAAACCCGGUUCUUAACAACUCUAAGCCAAUUCACCUCCCCGCAUCAUCGGAAUCCCAGGAGCUCUUCAUCCGCCAGGAGUUACAGUCAGGACUCUGAUCAGUCUAUUGCCGCCUCUUUAAAUGUCGAUCACCGCAUCCCAGCUACUAUUAUUACUGGAUUUUUAGGCUCCGGAAAGGUAUUGUUGUGGCGGUUCAGUUUAUUUCUAGAGGGGUGAUUGCAUUUUUUCACAAAAAAAGCUGUAUCCUUUUUUGGCAUCUUGAGACAAGCAAUUCAGCAGUUUUAUGCACCUUGGUCUAAAUUUUAAGUUCAAAUUUGUUUCAAUAUCUAAUAUAUUAUAUGUGAGAUU